UUCUUAGAAGAUCGUUGAUACUUCUCAUGAUUCCUUUUUCUCGAAGUCAGAUUAUGGCAUCAGACACCGAGCAUAGAAAUGAAAUGUUGAAGGAGUUGCAAAACUAUGAAGUUAUAAGGGUAAUAAGAAGUUUUCUUUAUGGGACAAUGAGACUAUAACAAAAUAAACUAUGCGGUAUGUGAACAUUUGUACAAGCAAGUUAGUGCGUUUCAAGAGUCGCAUAACUGUUAAAAGAACUGUAGGCUCAAAUGUGCAAUAGAAAUUAGAGUAUCAUAAUUAACAGUGUGAUGAGCGGCAGUGGAUUCAGAGGAAGAGGCUUUGGACCACGGGGUGCACGUUCGAAUGGUCCACCCAAUGGCUUUAGCGGACCCCGGUUUCCACAUCCCAAUUUUAAUCACUCAAGGCCACCACACAGAUUAUCUGGACCUGACAAAUGGGUAGACGGUCCAAAUUUUGCUCCAUGGCAACAGAACAACAAGUUUAUUCCAAGGUCGCAAUAUAGGGGUAAUUUAUCAUUUCGACCAAAUGCUAGGGGUAGAGCAGCUAAUGGCAGGGGAAUUGUAAGGUUUUCUGGACCUGGUAGACCACCAGGUCCUCAAUUUUGUAUGGGUUUUACAAGAAAUCCUGGGCCCAGGAUACCAUUGCCCCAAGAAGAACAACAAAUAAUACAAGAAGAAGAAAAGUCUAUGAUGAUACCACAGACUCCGUUGCUUGGAUCUGAAGAAGAACGUCAGCAAAAAAUUACUGAGACAGCUGACAAAUUAAAAGAAAAAUUAUCUUCCAUAACAGAAGAAGAUCUUACAAACUUUUGGGAAGACGAUUUAUCCUUUUUACCAAAUAGUAGCUCUGAAGAAGGAAUUACUGUGAAAAAGGGUAUUCCUGAACUCAGACAUGAACCUCCAGAACUUGAUUUAACUUUUACUGACUUUAGAGAUAUAGGGAGGGUAGACUGUAAUAAUUCAAAAUUUGAUAAUAUAGAAGAUGGAGAGGACGAUGAUGAUAUUACCAUCAUUUGUGAAAAUGAUAGUGUACAUAGAACUGCAGCUACAAACAAUAUUAUUGUCAUAAAUGAAGAUCACGAAAAUCCCCUAAAUAUUUCAGAAAUUUUACAGAAUAAUGAUAAUUUAAAUCAAUCGAGUAUGUUGGAAGAUGACAAAUGCCAAGAACAGAUGUUCCACGAGGUGCCUAAUUCUGACUUGGAAAACUUGCAUUUGCAAAAUGACAAUGUUUCGGAAGGUUUACAGUCUUGUAAUUUGGAUACCGAUGCCAAUCUAAAUACGGGAGAAGUGAAUGACCUAAUAAAUGAAAAUGCUUUAGUAUUUAACAAUGCAGAGACAAUUCCCACAUCUGUAUCAACUUCAAAUGGUCAGGAUGUAUUGCAAGUAGGAUUUUUGGAAAAUCAGAGCACAUUGCAUGAUAAAAAUACAAUUAUUGCACAAAAUACAAAUGAAAAUGAUCAUUUAGAAGUAAAUGUGAACCAGUGUAGUAGCACACAAGUAAACGUGUCUCAAGAAGAAGCUUGUCAAUUAACAAGCAGCAUAUCCAAUUCAACUCAAAAUAAUUCAAUUACUCAUCCAUCAUCUAAUGAAGAAAUUCAAUUAAAUUUUGCCUUCGAUUCUAAAUCUCCAACAUGUUCACCUUAUGAUGAAGUACAUAAAUUCAAUGAUGACACGAAAUUAUGUAAUCCACCUAUUUUUCACUCAAGGGCAUUUAAUACACCUCCUAGAUUUGCUCCAAGAGUUCUUCCUGGACUUAGAUGCAGGUGGUCAUUUCAACAAAAUGGGAAAAAUAUAUUUUUUAGGGGACCACAAAGAUUACCGUUCCAUGGAAAUCGAAUGCCUCUACCAAGACACAUUGCACCAUACAAACCACCUGACAUGGGUCCAGUUACUUUUGGUCCAUGCGCACCACCGCCAUUUACACACAAUGUACCUGUUUCGAGCCAUGACUCUCAGCACCAUACAUUAGUGCCAUUUUCUUCGAACGAUUUACUUCCUGCGUUCGAUCCCAGUGAACCUCCGCCAAAUAUACGUUCGAUAUCAGUGACUGAAUCAUCCAAUAGACAAGAAAUUACGCGAACUAUGUCUCCUUUAGAUUCAAGGAAUCAAAUAACAAGUGUUUCUCAAAGUAGUAUGGACAUUACGCAACCACCUCCUUCUUUUGAUCCUAGGGGACCACCUCCUAGGAUCUCACCAAUUAAAGCUAAUGAAAAGUUACCUGAAUUUAAUCCUCAACAGCCACCACCAAAAAUUCACAAACAAGAUGAACUUCUUCAACCACCGCCAAUCUUCGAUCCACGGCUGUCCUCUCAAGAACGUUCUAAGCUGAUUGCUCCACUAAACACUUCAGAAUCUCACAUGAUAGCAAAUUUUUCACAACCACCACCGUUUAUGCCUAGUCUACCGGUAAAUUUUCAACCUGUUCUACCCCAAACAAAUAAUGGACAAAUGAUGCUGCAAGAUUUUGGAUUGCCUCCACCAUCUAUAAACAUGACCGAUGUUCCUCCACCCUUACCGCAGGAAGUUCCAUUAGAAAAAAAUUCUAAUAAUCAGCAAGGUAUAAGUAUGGAUGAUGGAUUAGAAGACAUGCAAGAAGCAAUGGAAUUUGCAAAGCAAAUAAUGAAUAUGUCGGUAGAGCCGAAGAAUAAUCGAGGCGCGUCGUCAGCGUUAUCAGAAAUGCAAUUCACACCAUCAGAAAUUCCUAUACCAAAAGAGGAUGUAUCCUGCGCAUUGUUGGUAAAUCAACUACUUGUAAAUACUGGGAAAAAACAGAAGAAGAAGGAAAGUAAAGUUAAAAAAGGAAAACAAAAUACAAUUUGUGAACCAGAACAUAUCCAAAAACAGGAACGAACUCAGAUAACGAAUGAUGAACAGAGUACGCAAAGUCAAAGUAAAACUAGUGAGGAUGUACUGUUAACAAGUGAUCAAAUUCGGCCAAAAGUAGUAUUUAAUUUAAGUUCCAAAACAAAAGUAUUACAAAAACCAGAAGAAUGGCAUAGGCCUUCUAUGAAUACUUCUGAGGAUAAAGAAAGUUCUCAGCAAGUCACACAUCAGAAUUCGCAAAAAGAACGAAGGCAAGCUAAAAUGUAUUCUUCUGACUGCAAGAGAAAUAAUCAAACUAAAACUCCACAAAGAGAACACAAUCCUAAGUCAAGUUUAAUACGUUGCGUGGAAAUUGCGAAAGCUCCUGUGUCUGAAAAAUCAACAGAUACAUCUCAUUGUCAAGAUCCUAACAGAAGUUCAGAGAAAUCUGAUAUACGCUCCUCGCCAGCAACAUUGCCAAAUGAUAUUGCCACACAGAAGAAUCAAAAGUCUAAGAAGGAGAAUAAAAAAUUAGGAGCCCCUACCUCUGAAUCAUCGUGGAAGAACAGAGUAAUCAGUCGUUUUUUGAAAAUGAGUAAGAAUGAUAUUUGCAAUAUGGUCAACAAUUCGAGUCUUCGUAAAUUUGAUAUCGCAAUGAAACAUUUAGUGAAAGAACGAAGGUCGUCGCUAUCCUUAAAAAUGAGAAAUACUGAGGAUGAAAAAAUGAAAGAGUAUGACAGAGAAGAAUUCAUGAAUCAAUUAAACGCAAUGUUGGACCCAGGUGCUGUGGUGGGUAUUACAGAUUUACCCACUGAAUUUAUUCAUCAUUUAAGCGAGGUUUUACAAUUAGAUCCUAUGCCCUCCGAUCUCGAGUCAUCUGACAAACAGAAUACAAAUAUUGAUGAAGUUAGAACUAUAAGUCAGAGCGAUAAUUCAGAAAUAUGUACCUCAGAAUAUUUCAAUGAAGAAAAUAUGGAAAUUCAACCAUGUAGUUACCAAGAACAUGAAGAUACAUGUAUAGAGAAAGUAGAAAACAAGUCUUCGCAGACAAAAGAAGAACCUUUUCAUUAUUCUCUAAACACACAACUUUCACAAGACAGUUCAUCGAGGAAGUCAAAUGUGAAUAAGUCAAAUUCUGAAACAGAAACUGUACAUAAAAGACAGCAGCCAUUAUUUAAUGAAGCUGAUCUGGAUGACAUCUUAUCUCAAGUGACAGAGAGAACAAAAUCAUUACCUAAUGCAACUUCAAAGACUAGCAUAGAAAGGGACAAAACUUCGAUGCAGCCAGCGAGGGAAACUUUUGAGCACAAUACUUUUUCGCAGAUUUCCCAUGCAACAGUAGCUGACCUCGAUGAUAUAUUUUCAGCAGGUAUCGCAAGAGCUAAGUCACUUAACAAAAAUGCAGAAUUAGAUACUUCAAGAACACGGAAAUCAAGUUCCGAAGAUCGAAAUACUUUUAGAAGUGAACGAUAUGAGAAAUGGAGUAGAAAGGAACGUGAAGAUCCAGACACAUUCAGGAAUUUAACUAAAGAAGAAUGGGAAGCUAAGUAUGGAACAAUGAAUGCUUCUGUAACAUCAGCUACUAUAUGGAAAACUGUAUCCAACAGUGCUGAAAACUUAACUAGAGAUAGUAAAAAUUACCAAUCUCAAAGGUAUUGCUCAUCAGAUUCACCAAUGAGAAAUGUAAGUAUAAGUCCCUUAACACACGAGUCUGUUUCUAUGCAUAAUCAGGAUAGGUGCAUAACUCGUUGUAACGAAAUAGAGGAAUCAAAAACAAUAGAACGGUCUGAAAGCAGUAACGAUUCUAGUACAACCAGUUCAAGUGAUAGUGACGAAGAGACCGUUGCUCCUAAUGUAACAAAAUUGUUAAAAGUGAUUAAAGAGAAGGAGAAAAUCGCUAAGAAAAGGUCGCUUAACGAAACUAUUAGAGACGAGGUGGCAGCUGAGAUAGAGAAAAAGUGGAAGGAAAAGAGUAAAUAUAAGGAACGCAAAUUUCGCAAACGUGAGAAACGGAAAAAGGAUAAAAGGGAAAAACGAAAGAAGGAGAAAAAGAGGAAGAAGAAGAGAAAUUCUCAUUCCAACACAUCAAAGUCUAGUGAACUCUCUGAAGAGUUCCGUUUGUUAACAGAGGAUGAGAUUAAAAAAGAGGUAACUGUCAAGGAAGAGCCAUUAAGUACAUUUGAAGAUAGUAUUUCUCAAGGAUUUAAUAAUGAAGCUAACAGCAGUCAAUCGGAUCCUACUAUUAGCAAUAAAAUUGCAGUAACUAGGUCAUGGAUCGAAUUGCAAAACUUGCAAAUGGAAAAACAAAUUCCUACAGUUGUUUGUGAUAAGACAUCAAUGCAGCCUAAGAAGAAGACAGCAAUCAUUUCAAUGACUGUACAACCAAAGACUAAGGCUCAAUUGAAACAAAUGCCAGAAUCCAGUGAAUCAGAACAAAAUCAAAUCACGGAGAAAUCAGCUGAAGCAGGGAGUGGAAUUAAUGAAAGUAGAGUAACGAACACUGAUGGUGAAAAGAUGAAUGAGCAUAUGGAAGAAAGUAAGGAUAAUGAAGUAACUGAAAAUAACAAUGAUUGUGUGGAUACUUCCAUAUGUAGAAGCAACUCUGUACUUCAAACCAAUGUACCUUUAAAUGUUAUCGAGCAAUCACACACAGAAGUUAUUAGUAACACCAAUGCACCAAAUACAUCUGGUAACUGUGUACAUCCUACUACUGAGACGAAUGCAAAUAAUCAGACAAGUGAACAAAAAACACAUGUAGGAGGUACUUCGUCAACAGAAACUAAAAGUGGAUACAGAAAGAUAGAUAUAAAGGCAUAUAAGGAACGUGCUCUCCAGAGACGCUUGCAAGAGGAAGCUAAGUUGAAAGAAAAAUAUUUAAAUCCUAUUUCUGUGUCACAAGAUUUGUCUCAAUCUGCUUUACCCAUUGAUAAGAUUCAUAGUGAAACUGAAAAAUUAAACUUAGAAAAAGAAGUUAAGGCAACGGAGGUGGAAAAUGAUGCUCUCUUGAAAGAUCCACGAUUAAUUAAAGAAAGAUCGAUUCAAUCAAUAGAUUCCUCUUGGUUACCUUCUCAAAAAGGGGUAAAGGAAAAAAUUGAUUUUGAAGAAGAGCAUAAAAAAAGUAAAGAACCUUUUGUUUUUACGCAACUGAAGAAUACCAAUGAAUCAGUAGAAAUUAGGGAUAAAGAAAAAACGAUAACACAAUUGGAUCCUAGUACAAAUCUUCUUGAAGAACCUAUUAAAUCAAAAGACCACAAAAAUGAUGAUAAAUCAUCUUCACAAGAAAGGAUAACUAAACGGGAAGUGGAAAACAAAAUUGGAUCUAAAGGAGAAGGGGACGAGAAAAGGUUAAAGAAAUUGACCACAGCCGAAUUUAAUAAAUUUAAAAAUAUCCGAUCGGAGGGAAGCAAAGAACUAAAACUAAAGAAAGAGAGAAAAUCAAUGGAGAAAAAAUCGACAAAAUCAAAGUCCUCGACAAGAGAAAAAGAUUUGAAACAUUCACAAAAAACUGAGGAAAUACAGAAGUCAGUGGCAAUAAAUGCAAAUGACACUUACCAUACUGAAAUUGAAAAGAUGAAUGAUAAUGAUACCUCUGAAUUACCACAAAGUGGAGAAUCACCAAUGCCUGCUGAAAACGUUACAAUAGAGACUAGUAGUACAUUUGAAAUGAGUAAGGAACAAACUAAUACUAAUUUUAGGGUAGGAAAGGGCAAUGAAAAGCCUACAGAUAAUAAUAAAGAAGUAACAAAUGUUAAUAAUCAACAAAUAGUAGAUUCACUUAACAAGAACACCAUAGAAGUACAGAGUAUGGAGCAAGGAGAACUAAAGACUGAAGAUACUCAAUGUUUAUUAAUCUCAAAAACUGAACAAAAUAGUACUAAGAAUGCUGAAAAUAACAGCCUUAAAAAUUCUGAUGUAAAUGCAGUACAAGGUGAAUCUGUAAUGAUUGAAACAUUAAAUAGAGAGGAAAUUGUAAUGGAAAAAAUGACAGCUAUAAACAAUAACUCAUUAGCUUCUGUUGGAGGUGAACCUACAAGCAAUACAAUACUUUCCAUAAUGGAUACAGAUCAUCAUAAUCAAGAACCAUGUCCUUUAGACGAAAAUGAUUGCUUAAAUAAUAAAGAUGAUUCAAAGGAUGCUGUAACUGAUAAUAAUUUCACUCCACAACAAAAUAAAUCCAAUAAUAUAAAUAAGAAUAUAAAAGAUGGCUUUGAAAAUGAGAAAAAUUUAGAAAUUGGAGUGGAAAAUGAAAAUCAGGAGAAGGAUGAAUCAAUUGCUGAAAUAAUUGAAGAUGUCCAGACUUUAAGGACUUGCAAUAAAAUUGAAGCAAGCGAAGUAAGAUCUCCUGAUAGUUCUGGUAGUCCAUUUAAAGGUUUUUUUGUGGAGUCCAUUGAAGAUAAUAAUCCUCAAGUAUCUCAGUUGUAUGGGGUACAAAUGGAAAAUAAGGAUGAAAUAGAAAGUGUAAUGGAAACUUCUAAGCAGAUAAUUGAGAUGAAUAUUAGGAAUAAACUUCACGUGAAAGAGAAUGACGAUAAAAAUCAUGAUAAUCGGUUUAAAAAAGUAAAGGAGUCUGAUGAACCAACAUUAACUUAUGAGUUGGUUUUAGAGCAGCCGGGUAUUACAGAAAACAGCUCUGUUGAGAAAAAGAUCAAUGAUAAUUCCAAUGUUACAGAGAAUAAUGGAGCAUUAUUAAAACUGGAAAAUAUAAGUGUAUUAGAAGAAUCUCAAACUAAAGUCAUGGAGACACAUUUUUCAACAGCUCAUGAUUUAGUUAGCCAAGACACAUUUGAUGAAGAUGGAGAACCCUUUAUUGUGUUGGAUGAGUACAUAGACGAAACAGAGGCAAGAUCUCUUGGAAAAUUAAGUAAUCUUGAGCUGGAUCUAGAAGACUGUAUUGCCAGAGAUACUGAUGCAUUUGCUAGCAAAUCUAAGCAAGAUGAAAAAAAUUCUAUAGACAACUUAAGAUCACCGAACUUCAAUUCAAUUGAUUUUAAAGAACUAUCAGAAGCCUUUGAUAAAAGUGAUGAAACAUUCACUGAGACAAAGGCUAAAACAAAUUCGAAUACAACUUCGUUUAAAGAUAAAGAAAAAGAUACUGUGAAGAUUAUAGAUGUUUCUUUUUCUUUGAAUGAGUCAAGUAACAGUGAAUCAAAUGUGCAAUCGUUACAAAAAUCGAAAUUAAUGGUUUCAAUAGAUUCAGAAGUUCUUGAAGCAUAUUCACAAAAGGAUGUGUCAAUCGAUGAUAUUCCUCGACAAUCUUCAACUCAUGAAUCAUCCACGGAAAUGGAAAGGAGUACACAUCAUUUUGGUUCUUCGCUAUGUCUCAAAAUAUCAGCAAAGUCAGAUAUUCCAGAGAAAAUUGCUUUGCGAAAAUCAUUGGAGAAUUUGUCUUUGGUUAACGUGCCAACAUCCGAAACAAGUAUUGAAUUACCAGUGUUGAAUGAAGAAUUUAGUAGUUCUGACAAAAAUAAUGAGAAAGAACAAAAUAAGGCUAAAAUAAUUUCAAUGUCUUCUCAUACAAAAAUAUCCGAUAAUCAAGAUAUACUUUUUAAUAUAACCGUUGAACAAGAGAAAAUACAAAAGUUGCAUGACAUAUUUGAAACAGAACAUGCAAACAGAUUGAGUCAAGAAAAAGAGAAUGAAACAUUGCACAGAAUAAAAAACACGCCUAAAAUGAAAUCCAAACAGCGCAAGAAGUGCAAUGUUUCCAAAAAUCAGAUAGAAGAAGCAAUAGCAACAGAUGUAGCAAAAACCAAGUAUCCAACUUCUAAAGAAGCAAUCAUGGCUAGGAUGAUAGAAAUCGAUGUUGAAAUUCACAAAUUGAUGACAGAGAAAAUGACUUUGUAUCAAAUGAUUACAAAUGAUGCUUUACCAACAAACAAUGAUUUAGAACAGAAUAAUGAAGGAUAUACACAUAAAGAAACCGACAUAUCCCUGGUUAGACCGCGAACUCCAUCCGCGUUAAUGUCACAAUUAAUUCAGAAUAUAGAAACUAGUCCUGUAACUAAUCAAUGUGCCAAAACAACUACAGAGAAUGCGAAAGAUAGUCUAAUGAAUCCUGCCCAACCAAACAAAUUUAAAAUGUCCAGAUGUGAGCAACAUAUUCAAAAAAGAAUUAGCAGUAUUAGUACUUGCAGUUCUGAAAAUGAAGAGUCCAUACAUCAGGUUAUUGAUACUAACACAAGUUCACCUUCCAAAAAGAAAAAGAAACAAAGAGGAUCUGAAAGAGUAGUGAAAUGGGAGAAUAAGUCUAAAUGUAUUAAAGAGAUAUUACACAUUAAUACAGAAGAAAAACAAGCCAACAAUAUAGUAAAAUCAAUUGCAAAAAAGGUUAACGCUGAACAAGAGGGAACUAAACAAGACUUUGAUCAGGCACUAACUAAUGAAAUUAGAUCUCAAGAAAAUCUAAACGACAUACUAGCUGAUGUGUUAUCGAAUCCAAAAUCUUCAUCUCCUAAGGAUAAAUUAUCUACACUUAAUUGUAAAGAAAAUGAAAAGCUUGUUGAAGAAACAGAAUUUCAAGUUUCUUCCAAUGAAGUUGGUAAAUCAAUAACAGAACAGUCUAAUGACAAAUUGUUGUUCAGUGAUGCAGAUACAGCAAAUUCUACGACAAAAGCACACGAGAAUAGAACACCAGAAAGAUCAUCUAUAUACUCAGAUGACAGUACUUGGGAUUCAUUUCUUCAGGUUCAUAGUGACGAUCAAAGAAAAUCAACUACUGGUCUUGCACUUUUGGAGGAAACAUAUAGGAAGGAAAUGGCAAAAACGCGAAAAAUAAAAACUGAAUUGCGAAAUAAGAAAAAGAAAGAAGGAAUGCAAGAAUUAUUACAAUCUGUAAGCCCUCUGACCAUUGAGGAAGAGGAAUUACCAUUGUCUGCAUUAUAUGUUAAAAAAUUACAUUUAAAGAAGAAAAUUAGUUCUGUGGACAAACAGGAGGAGAAAGGAAAUAAUGAUCAACGACUUUGGAAGAAUGUUGACGAAGUAAUAAAUGCUGUAGCAGAAAACAGAUUAGAAGAUCUUUAUAUAGAAAAUUCAGUAGAACAGUUACAUAAAAACAAUGAAAUUAACAUACUUCAUGUAGGUAACACAUCAAUGAAUGAGGAACAGACUAGCGAUCUGAAAUCAAACUCAGAACCCCCCAAAGUAUUACUGGAAGAAGCAAAAGAAAUAGUAGUUUCUGUCCCAUUAAAGAGUAUUGAAGAAGCUUACACUCAACAUUCUAAGAAUCCAACAUCUUCUGGUGAGAAAAUCAAAGCAAAUAAUUAUGUAGAAUUAACAUCUCUUAAUAGGACUCAAGCUCUAACGAAUAAUGAAGAACAGCCUCAAAGAAAUUUGAUCAAUGUACAAACACAGAAAAUAGAAGCACCACUUGAGAUAUCAAUGACUACUGAAAAAAAUGUAGUAGAGUUUGUACAACAAUCCACAGAAAACAGGAAUUUAGAAAUUAAUCAGACCGCUUCGAUAAAAAGUCCAACUACAUGUUUGGUGGAACCAGGUGCUAACGAUGCAUUUGAUAAUCAACCUACUUUAAAUAAUAUUGAAGUCAAUGUAAAUAUUGAGAAAAUAGAAGAAGAAAACACAGAUGGAAAGGACAAAGCGUUUUUCUUGCAAGAAGAAAUUGUUGAUUUUAAUAAAACAAAACACAUAAACUCUGAAGAAGUAGCAACAAUGUCUGAUACACUUGAAAGAAGUGAUGAUGAUGUAACUGAACCCAAUAAUGGCAUUAUGGUAACUAUUAGUCAAACUCCUCCAUAUGUUUUAAAUAAAAGUUCUAAUUGUGAACUUGAAAAUAUGAAUGAAGAAUCAUCUAAAGAUUCUUCGCAAAAUCAAGAAACUUAUUAUGAAAAAGAGUAUACAGCAGAUGAUUUAGAAGGAGGAAGUGAUCCAUCCAAAGAUGAACACUUCAUAAGUUUGAAGGAUCAUAAGGCACUGAAAAAAAGAAGAGAAUCCGAACGAUCUAAUAAAUCUUCCAGCGAAGAAAAUAAUAAUCGUAAUCGAACUCCCGUUCCUCUUCUCGGUGAAACUACAGAUUCGUUCAGAAGGGAUGAAGUGUCGAGUAAGAAGCUACCUAAACGUAAGAGGGGAAGUAGUAGGACACCUCUUCGGAGGAGUUCACGAUAUACAGAGGAGGUGACAAAACGAAUAAAACUUGAAGUCGAUACAGCUGUUCAGCUUAUAGAGCAAGAAUCUCAAGAAAAAAAUAUUCAAGUCCAAUUCUCUAGUAUGUCGCCUACGUCAUUGUCAUCGUACGACGAGGAAACUGAAAAUACAUCAUCAAACAUCAGGAAAAGCCGUAGUCAGAAAACGGCUGUGAAUAGGAAACGAUGUAUACCUUCAGAAAUUGAAAUUCAGUUAAAUACAUCAACUUCGAGCAAUGAUUUGAAAGAUAUUAAAAAAUGUAAACAACACACGAUGCCAGAAAUGAUGAAUUGCAAAGUAAGAUUGGUGGACAGUAAACAUACAAUCCUGAAACCAAAUGUACACCCUAAUGUAUUACGAAAAUAUGGAAUUUCAGCAAUUAAUUUAUUUACACAACUUCCUUCCGAUCAGGUAAAUCAUUCCUGUUUGACUGUAGAGUCUACAUUAAAAAACUCAUUGACUUGUGCAAAGCGUGCAACUUCGACAACUGAAUCAUCCCAGGGUCAUGUAUCGAAGUUAAUUAGAAAAACAGAGGAUGUAACAAAAUCCAUUAAUUAUUUGGACAAUUUUAAUAAAGUGAGAAGAGGUCCAAAAUCUAUGAAAAUGAAUCUGCCCGUAGAUGACAAAGACGACGAUUUUACAGAUGAAUCUAAUAUUCAAGUUAUGCAGAUUUUGACAAAGGAACAGGACAUAAACAUUUCUCAGGCUCGUGAGAAACCGGAUAUCGAAAUUGUGGAAGAGAAAAUGAUAGUUACCAAGAAUCAACAUCAAAAUGAUUCCGCAUCAAUGUUGACUGUGAUAGAAACAAAGGAUGAUAAGGAAAUACCAAGGACGCAAUAUACGGUCCAUAAAGGUCCUAUUUUAGAUAUUAAGGUUUUCGAGAAUUCAUUUCUGGCUGCAAGCGAGGAUGGCAGAAUAUAUAGAUACAGUCAAGCUUCAAAUGGAAUAUUAAACAUCUAUAAAGGCCAUAAAGCAGCCGUAACUUGUUUAUACGUGUAUAAUCCAAAUAGCACAGAUGUUAACAAAGAAUGGUUGUUCUCCGGUUCAUUGGAUGGAACCUUAAGGUGUUACAACAUAACGACUGGACUUCAAUUGAGGGACACUGCAGAUAUAGGUAGUCCGAUACAAUGUAUGGAUGAAGCUUGGGGAAUCAUUUUUAUAGGUACUAAAUCUGGUCAUGUGUCUCGUUAUCAUAUAAAGUCAGGAGUUAUAAAAGGGAAUAGCAUACAAUUUUCAGAUAAGUCUGUACUAGCUUUAAAAGCAACUAACGAGGGUCCACGAAGAGUACUCAUUGUAGCGUCUCGUAGUCAACCGAUAACAAUACGUGAUGCACAAAACGGCCUAUUUCUUCGCACUAUAUGUGGUCAAAAAAGUCAUACGGUGUACAGUUUGAUGCGUGAUCAUAAUCUAAUUUAUUGUGGCACAAGCACCACAUCCAUACUUGUCUUUGAUUUCACGAAUGGUGAACAAAUUACACAAUACGACGCUGGAGUAGGAAUCGUAUGUAUGCGACUGUAUAAACAAUUAUUAUUUGCUGGUUGUUACGAUGGGAAUAUUUAUAUAUUUGACACAAAGGAUUAUCGACUUGUAUGCAGCAUACCUGGACCCGGAAACAUGCUUUUAAGUAUGGAAAUCAUAGACAAUAAGAUCAUAGCUGGUAGCAAAGAUAAACGUUUGCAGUCAUGGCAAAUGUCAGGUCAAGUGCGAGCUUUACUCUAAAAGUUGGAGAAUCAAGGCUUGAACUGAAAUAUCCUAGUCUAGUCGUGCUCCUAAGAAAGAUUAACUUGAUUAACUUUGGAGUACAUUCUACAUAACUGUACAGGUUCAGAGAACUUAAUUUGUAAGAUGUGUAUGUAUAUAUAUUCAUAUGACAUAUAUGUAUAUACAUAUAUGUAUAUGAAGUAUAAAUAUACACACACACGAUCUUAUUUACGAAAAAUGCACAUAAACGGUAUAAAUACAUUUGUACAGAAACAUAGGUAAAUUAAAUUAUUGGUAUUGCGGAAAGAUUAAAAUAUUUACAGUAUAGUCAAGAAUCAUACUAGAGUCUUGUUUGUAAAAAAGUGGUAGGAAGGUCUUUAUUCCAAUUUAUCGAUUCGCGCUACCGAGGGCAAACCUCCUGUGCCUUGUGCGCGUUGCAAGAUAUUUUUUAUUUGGAACUCUUUAAUAAAAAAAGAAAAAGGAAAUACACAAACAACGUAAACGCAACUUCAAAAAAUGCACCCAUUGCCAUAAGAGAAAAGGAAUUUUUGAACCUUUGCACUUGUUUCUUUUAUACUUGCAAACACGUUUAGACACGAAACUAAGAUGUUCUCUUAAUAUGAUAUUGCAUACUUAGUAAGCAGUAAAACAGUAUCUUGUCAGUCCUAGAUUAAUUGUUAUUUUAUAACAAACUCAUAGGUGAUGCAAUAGUUUUCAUAGUUUGUUUGAUGAGAGCAAAGGUUGAUAUAAUUACCAAUUAAUGUAAAAUUAAUACUUCAAUAACAUAAAUACAAAUAAUUUUCUUUUGAUUUUUGAUUGUUUCAAAAGAAUUCUUAGGUAUCAUUUCAGAUAUUUAUUGUUUCAAAUUGUGAUUGUUUAUAGGCUCAUAAAUUUCUUAACUUGUUCAUAUGUUUUUUUACUAUUGAUUAAUUUCUUCUUUGUCGAUUUCUAUUUAUGACAUGUUUGUUGUUUUUAAUAUUUUUAAAUAUUUUUAAAUAUUUAUAUUUUCCUUACCAUGUGGCGUAAUUUUAAAUUAGGCAACGCUUAAUGAAAAGUAUUUCUCAAUUGUUAAUACUCGGUUUUUUCUAUUUAUUAAUUAAAACAAAGGAAGAUGCGUUUCUACCAGUGUUAUAAGUGGGAGACCUUAAAAUGUGAUUGUGAUGAAAUGUAUAUGUUAAGACAAUUUGUCCACAUCAUGAAUUACAUGAAAUGUAAAAUUUUUAAAGAAAAUAGCAGAUGUAAAGAAAUUGUAUACGAUUCGAUAUUUUCUGGUAUGGUUUACUUUCAACAUAUAUCCUUGCAUCCAAUGCACAUUGUACUUAUAAAGUUAUACAAUCAUUUGCAAACCAAUGAUUACACUGUGUUGUAGUUUGUAUAAGUUCAUUGUGUAUCUAGUAUUUGUUACGUGUAAUAAUAAAAUUGUUCCCACAUCUGAGACAAAGUUUUGUAGCAUUUAUUCUCAGACACGUAUUUUCUAUGUAAAAUAGUAAUAGCAUUGUACACAAUUUUAAAAUUUUGUAUAUUAAAUUGUACAAAAGCGUUAUAAAAAGUUUUAUAAGGAACCUAUACCAUGAAUUGUUACAAUUUUUUGUUUUUUUAAUUAAAGAAUGUACAAAAAUAUAUAUUUUAUGGUUUUUACUUUUGAUAGUCCGACAAUUAUGCGUGUUUCCUAGAGAAACAUUUGUUAAAUCAAUAAGCUUUCUACAUGUAUAC